AUCCUGGAUUUGAGCAGUUUAAAAUGGCAGAAAAGCUACAUGGAAACUGGGUCAAGUUGCACUUGGAAGAAAACAAUUCAGAUGUUCUGCUUGGCCUGGGCACCAAGGUGCUCAGGCAGUACCUGGGUGCACUGAAGACCUUGAGUCUGUCCCUGAGCACACAAGUGGCCCAGUAUGACAUCUACUCGAUGGUAGUGGGGACAGUUGUGGUUUUGGAGGUCCUUACCCUGCUUCUCCUCAGCACCCCACAGGUGCUGCACAGAAGAACCGAGCUGGAUGUCGCUCUGUCAUCUCCUGUGUUUUCUCUGCUCUUUUAUCUGAUAUUCCUGGUUCUUUCGGCCAUUCACGUCGUAGUUUGCACCUCAGCUGAGAACUCGUGUUACCUCUGCAGCCUCCCCUGGCUGGCAGCAGUGGGAGUGAUAGUGCUAGUUUCCAUGCUGCUCUGUGCAAUCAUGUUUGCUCUUGCCAGGACUGUCCUUGAUGGUGCUCUGCUGAGGAAG